GUUUACUGUCUGUCUAGUCGCUCUAGUUAAAAAUAGAUCCAACUGCUCACAGUGGAAAUUACAUGCCAAACAGGUUUCUAGGUUCAGUCUUUCGGUCGCUUCAGCAGCUGGUCGACAUGAAUUCCCCCUCAUUCGUAAGCUUUCGACGUUUUUGCUCGCCUGGUGAUUUUCUACCACCGAGACACCAAGUGAGCUAGCUAGCUGGCUCUCUGUUAAGCUCCGUUGUGUUCGUGCGUCGUCACGUUCUCCUGGUACCUCUUAGAGUGAUCAGCAGCUCCUCAGACUCUCACACAGGUGGACACUGUAAAUUGAAAGGGAAAGAGGUGUCCGAGACGACGAGCAGGCUGGUUAUAUAAUCACAAGUCUCGGUUGUACAAGCUAAAAUAUAUUUUCUUUUAAAGCCUUUGCCAUGGCCUGCAGUUUCCUGAACACGGAGGAGGCGUCUCCAGCGGCUCUGACAGACCUGUGCCUCACCUAUGUGAGCCAAAACCUGGAGUGUUUCUGCGUGAAGCGCCCUGAUGGCUCCUUCUGUUUCAGGGAGGCUGUACUCUUCCCGCAGGAGCUGGCAGACCAGCUCCUGGCCAAAAUGGCCACUGAAGGUCUGCUGAACGACAGCACAGUGGGUGUGUUUCGGAACUGUGAAUACUUGCGGUUGAGACGGGCCUGCAUCCGUACUGCACGGAUCUCUGCAGAGGCCUUCCAGAAAGCCCUGUGCCCUCACAGAUUGCUGGAGUUGGAUGCUGCCCGGGUCAAUGCAGACCUUACCAUUCCUGAUAUCCUGCAGGGGCUGGCCACUAAUAAAUAUUGUCAGGAGUCCCUUCAGCGACUUGUCCUUACAGGCCUCACCAUGUCCUCUCUGGAGGAACCAAUCUGGUAUCGCUUCAGUGCCCUCCAGGGCUUGCGUUCCCUCUCUCUAGCUAAUGUAGACUUCUACGACUCUGGGCUAGGCGAUGUGUGUUCCCUGCCUCGGCUGGAGAGCCUCGAUCUUUCUAAUACUUCAGUCACAAACCUGAGCCCGCUGCUGGGCCUGAAGGAGCGGCUGCGCUCACUGACACUGCAUCAGUUGAAAAGGCUGGAGAUGAGCACUGCUCAGCUGCUGGGAGUCAUAGGCCAGUUGAAUGUAUUGCAGCACCUGGACAUUAGUGAUGAUAAACAAUUUACCUCUGACGUGGCUCGUCAACUUCUCGGACAGCCAGGGAUUCUGCCCGCCCUUGUUUCCUUAGAUGUCUCAGGGAGGAAACAGGUGACAGAUGCAGCUGUUAAGGCAUUUGUUGAAGAGAGGCCAGGAAUGACCUUUGUGGGACUUCUGGCCACAGAUGCUGGUUUUUCAGACUUCCUAUCAGGAGAAGGAAAUCUAAAGGUGACUGGAGAAGCUAAUGAGACUCAGAUCUGUGAGGCACUGCGGCGCUACAGUGAGAGAGAAGGUUUUGUGAGAGAAGCUCUCUUUCAUCUGUUUAGCCUCACUCAUGUCAUGGAGAAGCCAAGGCCUGACAUCCUAAAGCUGGUAGUUUUGGGAAUGAAGAAUCAUCCGUCCACUCUGAAUGUCCAGCUAGCCGCGAGCGCCUGUGUGUUCAACCUGACGAAGCAGGACCUGGCAGCAGGGAUGCCAGUUCGACUGUUGAGCACCGUCACUCAGCUUCUACUGGAAGCCAUGAGGACUUUCCCCAACCACCAGCAGUUGCAGAAAAACUGCUUGCUGUCUCUGUGCAGUGAUCGCAUUUUGCAAGAAGUUCCAUUCAACAGGUUUGAAGCUGCCAAACUGGUCAUGCAGUGGCUUUGCAACCACGAAGAUCAAAACAUGCAGAGGAUGGCUGUGGCAAUCAUUUCCAUACUCGCUGCUAAGUUAUCCACAGAGCAGACGGCCCAGCUGGGAGCAGAGCUGUUUAUCGUGAAACAACUGCUCCACAUCGUGCGUCAGAAGGCAACUCAGGGCGUGGUGGAUGCCACCCUCAAAUUUACACUGAGUGCACUCUGGAACCUCACUGAUGAAUCGCCAACAACCUGCCGCCAUUUUAUCGAAAACCAGGGGCUAGAUCUCUUCAUUAAAGUUCUAGAGUCGUUCCCCAAUGAAUCUUCUAUUCAGCAGAAGGUUCUCGGGCUUUUGAACAACAUAGCAGAGGUUGGGGAGCUGCAUGGAGAGCUCAUGGUGCAGGGGUUUCUGGACCACAUCAGCAGUCUGCUGCACAGCCCGGAAGUGGAGGUCAGCUACUUCGCUGCAGGCAUCCUUGCACAUCUGACGUCACGAGGAAAAGAGGCCUGGGCGCUCAGCCCCAGUCUUCGGUCCUCACUGCUUGAGCAAUUGCAUGCUGUCAUUAUGAAGUGGCCCCCGCCAGAGUGUGAAAUGGUGGCCUACAGGUCAUUUAACCCCUUCUUUCCCCUACUGGAGUGUUUUCACACCCCUGGUGUCCAGCUGUGGGCAGCCUGGGCAAUGCAACAUGUCUGUAGCAAGAACGCUUCUCGCUAUUGCAGCAUGUUGUUGGAGGAGGGUGGUCUGCAGCAGCUGGAGCAUGUUCACAAACACCCACAGACCCACAGAGACGUCAAACUGCUGGCUGGGAGCAUACUAGAGAGCCUACAGCGCCACAGAGCUCGCACCGGCCAGCCACUACACACACACACAAGUCACCGCCCACCGCCGCAGUAACCUCACAGAGAAAAUCCGAAUCUCUGGUGAAGAAGAGGAAAUUAAGCUGGGUCCCACCGUGGAUGGGAGGUGGUGGUCACGUGUGUGUUUGUGUGUGUGAGAAUAUAUCUCACACACAAACAUGGACUUACAAGAAUCUCUAAAAAUGUAAACUGAAUUAAGGACAGAGGCAUUGCAGUUCUUUGCACAGAGUAACCUUAUUUAUUUUCUCGCUUUUUUCUCUUUAAAAAACCAUUUCUCUGUGUGCUUAUCAAAAAAUAAGAAAAAAGUAAAUUAUGAUAAACUGUCUGUCACUAGAGCUCAAAUCAAAUCAUGAAUUUGUGUUUGGGCCUUUUUCAGUCAGCUUUUGGUAUCAAGAGGAAUUGUUUUUUGUUGUUUUUUUAACCCGAAAUAUGUCAGUGCACACUUACAAAUCUCAGUUUGGGAAUAAUUCCCCAAAGCUCAACUGAGGACCGAUACCCUGAUACCCUCAUAUGUUACAGAGUACUAUGGAUGUCUGAACUGGUUGAUUAGCUCUUAAAUUUACGCAUGCCAUCGCCCUGAGCUCAAGCAUGGGGGUUAGGGUUUGUCUGAAUGCUUAUACUGUUCGUUUUAGGAAUGCCUGCUUGUUUGUUUAUGGCAGUGCUCAGUUCACUGAAACCCCCGCCUCUGGGUCUGCAAUACUACUGCUGCUCUACUCGUCAUUUAGUCUUUUAUCAGCUAACGCCUUUGAUUUGAUGUGACAGGACGCUUGCCGAGGGUGUAUUCAGUGGGUUCGGGCGUUCCAAACAUUCAAACACGAUAAACUAAAUUAUAGAGAAAUCAUCUUUUUGAGAAACUCGAUUGCAUUUUUUUUUUUCUUUAAAUUUUCUAAACAUUGGGGAGCCCUAAAUCCACCCGCUUGGUGGCAGAGCCAGCAGUGCAGAAAGCUCACGAGGACAAUUUACAUGAUAAGCUGAGUACUACAGUCACAUGUGUCUGUUUACGUCCAAAUAUACUUUCCUGGACACAAAUGGCAAUAAUGAUGUGGCCAGCAUAGUGAGGAUAGGUGUACAUUUGCAGUGAGUCACAUCUGUUUUCUCUUUGAGAAACUUGUGUAUAUAUUUAUAUAUAAGUAUGUUUUUUGUUAUGCAUCUGAGUGUCUUUAAGACAGACAGCACUUCAGUGUGAGCAUGUGUGCAUAUAUGCGCUUGUACAAGUGUCUGCAUCUCAAAGAGUGUAUGUAUUUGUACAUAAGGAUACUGAAGGGGGGAGGGGGGUCGUUGUUUAGGAGUGAUUGCAUGGAAAUUAUUCUACUGUAUGUUUUUCAGUUCCAUCUGAUUGAACAAAGGGAAGAAAAACUGUUUAUACAACAAUAGCGUGGAAACAUUUAAAUUAUUUAAAGGCAUUUCUCUGUUCUGAAAGUGACCGGCCGUGUGAUGUCUGCAUCCUACAGGCUGCUAUUUUAACAGUUAUGCUUCUGCCGUUUAGACUUGCUGUUACAGCUUAUGAGACUGGCUACAUUUUUGUUGUUCAUCUCUUAUUGCAGGCCUUGUCAUUUACUAUGCUGUCAACACAUAACUAGGAAAGAGUACUGAGGAGUAAUGAAGCAGAAUAAAGUACAAUUAUUUUUGCAUUUUGAGAAUAAAGUCGACUCCCUUAAUCCACAAACUAAAGGUAGGAAAGUGACCACUGACUGCCAGAAUGGAGGUGAUUUUUCUGGUCAAAGUUUAUUCUCAAAAUGCAAAACUUUUGCUGAAACACUUUGAUAAAUAACACUUUCUAAAUAAUUGGAGAUAAAUUUGUUUGGCAGGAAUGCCAGUGACAGGUCAGGAGACUUGAAAAGAUUACUGGAUGUAUGGUUAUAUAGAUAAAUAUAGAACAUUAGGCUCCAAAAUGAUACUUAAUGACGCAUGUGUCCCAGGCUAAUAGUGUUUCCACAAGGAUAGUCUUAGAUGACAGAACUUUUGGGGGUUUUUUCCGCCAAAGUCGUGUAGUUUGGUUGAAUAUCGCCCUGCAUAAAAGGCCAGUUCUUAGUUUUUUCCACAAGCGUUUUAAUCCAUUGGAAGAUGCAGAAAGUCAAGGUACUGUAUGUCUGCUGUGAUUGUGCCAUGUUGCUGCUCAGAAUCGCAUUUUCAAAUUUAGAAAUAAAGAAUGUACAUUGCCAUAAAACUGGA